UAAAUAAAAAUAAACAAAAUCAUCAUUACGUGAAGUCUUUUUUUAUAUUACUCUUUGAGUUCGAUUGUUUUUACAAUUUUUUUCCAUCAUGCAAGUUCAUCCCAAUUUUGUGAAUCGUUUUGAAGGUGUUACUUUUCCUGUCAAAGUGAAAUACUGUGGUGAAUGUGGUCUACCAAUUGAAUAUUGCUCAUAUUUUCCUGAUUAUGAAAAGUGUAAAAUUUGGUUAGAGAAAAAUUUACCAAGCGAUUUUGAAAAGUUACUUGAUGUUAGUGGAGGUGCUGAAGGUGGUGAUGGUGAUGAGACAGGUGAAGGUGGCAAAAAGUCAGGCAGACAAAAACGUGGAGGCAAAGGAAUAGUGAAAACGAAAAAGAAGGCUGAAGUUGAUAGGCAUAUUGGUUUAUGGAGAGCUAAUCGCGGCAAGAAAAAAUAUGUUACUAUUGUUAGCGGAUUAACAACCUUUGAAAUUGAUUUAAAAGAAGCUUCCAAAUUUUUUGCCGGAAAAUUUGCUUGUGGAUCAUCAGUGACUGGUAAUGAAGUUGUUAUCCAAGGAGAUGUAAAAGAUGAUCUGUUCGACAUAAUUACUGAGAAAUGGCCUGAGGUUGAUGAAGAUUCAAUCGAGGAUAUGGGUGAAAAGAAGAUCUAAAUGGAGAUUAUGUUACACGUGGAAUAUCAAUUGACUUUUAACGUCUUACCGCGGCAAAUCAUCAAACUAUAAACUCACACAAAUAUCUGCUCAAAUAAUUGUAUAAAAUUUAAUCGAUUAAAGUUUGAUUUGAGACUUUA